AUGCCAAUGCGAAUCUCUAGCGGUCUUAGCGAAGUCGAUAGCGCACUCGCUGAUCGUCAAGCAACACAAAAACGCUAUUAUGAUAAACACGCGAAACAGUCGCAAGCCCCAAAAGAGGGGGAAAGCGUUAGAGUAAUUAAGAAUGAAGCGAAUCUACGCAAAUGGGAACCUGCGACAGUGUUAAAGAAACGUAGUGAGCCAAGAUCGUACGAUGUUGAAUUGUCUGAUGGAUCUAUCCUACGCAGAAGGACUUGUCAAGAUCUGUGGUAUCCGUUAAGUCGCAGUUGCUAUAGAUACUUCUACGAAUCAGUUAAUUGGUUUGAUGCACUUCAAAGUUGCAAGGAUAAUAAUGCAAGCCUCGUAACAAUUUCAUCGAAUGUAGAACACGAUUUUGUAAACGAUCUUUGUUCCGAUAGUUUUUGGAUUGGAUUAAAUGACAUUAAGAACGAAGGCGUAUGGCGAUGGACAAUCGAAGCUGAACAGUCAACUUACAAUGCCUGGGGCCAGCAUCAACCAAACAACUAUCAAUCAGUUUCUCAAGGUGACAGUUACAAUGCAGACUGUGCUAAAUGUGGCUGUGGUGCAAAUUCCCGGUGGUGGGAUAACAACUGCGAAUUUGAUUUUCGUUCGUAUAUCUGUGAAAAAGAAAGAUAUGUGUACACAUCUAAGAAAGUUUAUGGAACGACAGGUAAAGAUGCAUGUUUGAACUCUAAUGCACUGGCUGCCCAGACACUGGGACGUGUGUACGUCUUGAGUAAAAUUCAUUGCUUUCAUUUCUGCGUUAGGACUGCUGGAUGUACUGCAUUUCAGGUUCGGAAGAUGUCAAGCUUAAUCAUUUGUGACGCACUUCCAAGCCAAGGAGAGCAUGCGCAAUAUGAAUUAGAACCAUCAGAUUGCGGUAUUUUUGAAUUUAGAUGAGUCAAUCAGUGUCGUCUCUAAUAGACUAAGACUACGUCAUAGAUUUUAGCCUGUAGUUGAAUAAUUCCUUUGCAGCUGAUACUCAGUAUACUGUGAUAAUGGUUAGUAGGUUAGAAGGUGUAAUAUAUUAAGAAUUCAAUUAAGCAAAUCUAACUUAGAAAUUGAAGAUUUACAAUGAUUUUGCAGAUAAUGAACGCUUCGUAAUAAAUAAUAAGAGAAAGCUCAAUAAUCAUAAACCUGUGAGAGGAGGCAAGAAAAGAAAAACGAAUAUUACUAAUAACCUCAAUUCUAAUGUCCACAGGUUUAAAUGUAAAAAAUAUGAAAUCAAAAAACUCGUUGAAAUAAAAUUAUUUUUAGCUAUAGUUUAUUUCCCUUGUGAGUAAUAUAUUAACGGACGAAAAAUAUUAACAGACGAAAUAUACAUUAUCACUACUAGCGGAGAAAAACAAUUAAAGAAAAUAUUAAGACCCAAAAAUAAUAAUCUUAGGUGACUUAAACUGUAAAGUUGGGUCAAAUAUAAAUGGUGGAGAUGACUGUAUUAACUACAAUGGUAAAGGCCUAAUCGAAUUCUGUGAUGAUGGUGAAUUUAACGGAAGUGUUAGAUGUACAGGUAUAUACACUUGGUUAAAAAAUGUUAUUAAUUAUGCCAUUGUUUUCAUGUAUUUGAUAUACACGAAUUUUUAAACGAUAAAUUUGAAUAUACCGUAUUAGCCUGGUUGUAAAACUGCUGAAAUAACUUUAGCGGGAAAAAAGCAAAGGAAAAUUUAUUUUUGAUUUUUCUGAAUCAGCAUACCCUUUAGUAUCUCAGAAAAAAUA